CCUUAACACGCUUCUGGUCGUAAAUUCCUCUCCAGCUUCUCCUAUAAAACGCUUUCAUAUAUCGUCAUUGUUAGGUUAAGUUUGACAAAACAACCUGUUUUGAUAGUUUGAUCCUCCCGAACUACAAGAACCCUUAACCAUGCCUCCGGUUGCUCCACCUCAUCCACAACCGCCACCUGGCGCAAAGCCACGUCAGCCAUUUAGUCUUUUUAGGUGCAUAGCCAUUACACUUUUAACUCUACUUAUCAUAGUAGGACUAGUUGUGCUCAUCAUAUGGCUAGUCCUAAAACCUCAUAAAAUGGUCUAUUCCAUUGAAAAUUCUUCAAUCCAUGAUUACAAUUUAACCAACAACAAUCAUUUAAGUGCCAAUUUCAAUUUUACAAUAAGAGCCUACAAUCCAAACAAAAGAGUCUCAAUUUAUUAUGACAAUAUUGAAGUGAAACUCUUUUUUAACUCGCAACCUAUAGCUUUCAACAAUAACGUUGAGCCAUUUUAUCAACCUCGCCGGAACGUGACACAUAUGAAUGUGUCACUUCCAGCGAAUGACGUGGCACUUUACGGGGAUAUUGCCCAUGAUUUUAAGACAGAAAGGUCAGGAGGAGGAGUCGAAGUUGAAGUUAAAAUUAGGGCAAAAAUAAGGUUUAAAGUUGGUGCAUGGAAAUCAAAUCAUAGAAAAUUGAAGAUUUUGUGCACUCCUAGGGUAAAUUUUUCUAAUUCAAGAAAAAAUUCUAAAUCAUUUCCUUGCGAUGUAGAUAUAUAAUUAUUAAGUUUUUUUUUUUUUUUGACAUUUUUUGGGGUGUUUUUGGAUUUUUGUUAUUUUUAUUUUUAUUUUUUUUAUGAUGAAUUGUUGUAAUUUCUUUUUGGUUCUUUCUUGGAUGUGAGAUUGACAUUGUGGUUUCUUCAACUGUAAUUGUAACAUUUUGUGUUUUGAAUGAAAAAUAAUGUGUCUGCAUGAAA